GUUUUCAUGUUGAGUUAGUGGCAGCCGGAGCAGCAACAGAAGAGCAAGGUCACAGUGGACUUUGAGCGUUCCUCCCAGUAAGUGUUCUAUAAAAGACUCGCGAAGAUCCGGACAGCUCAGUCUCGUUUGAGUACUCGCAAAAGUCUGAAGGGAUUGAGCUUUUCGAGCCCAUCAUGAGGGACUCAAAGCUCUGCCUUCUGCUGAUCCUCAGCACAUCGGCCUUGGCUGUUGCACAAAAUGAAGAUCAGCCAAGUUGUCUGCUGGCCAAAAGGUACAAGACGCUCCACAAGUACGAAUACCAAUACGUAGCUGAAUCUCUCAAUGCUGUCAACGGAGCCUCGGAGGUCCAGAACGGACCCAGGGCAACAUGCAAGGUUGAAAUCGAAGUUCCCCAGACAUGCAGCUUCAUCGUACGCACCACCGGCUGUGCCCUGAGUGAAGUCAUUGCCAUGGACACAGAUGGCAAGCCCACGUACGCCGCUGCCCCCAGCUCGGAUGCCUUUUCCGCCGAAAUGGAAAGAUAUCCUCUGAAGGUUGUAGUCGAAGGUGUCUAUGAUGUGAAACUGUACCCUGAGGAAGGUGAGACGACAACCACGCUGAACAUCAAGAGAGGAAUCAUCUCAGCUCUGGCUGUGCCUUUGAUGGAAGAGGACAAGAACAAGAAUAUGCCAACCAUCCACGGCAUGUGCAAGACCUACUACACCAUCAAUGCUAGAGAGGACAUUGCAACUGACAUCAGCCUGGACCGGGACUUGUCCACAUGUGACCGAUUUGUCCCAGUGAGAGAUUACACCAGCCCCUUGGCGCUCAUCUCUGGCAUGCAAUACCCUCUUUCCAAGCUGAUCAGAAGCUCUCAGACCUGCAACUACAAGUUUGACAACGAGAAGAAGCACAUGACCUCCGGCUCGUGCACAGAGAAGCACAUCCUGAUCCCAUUCUCCCACAAGGGUGAAUAUGGAGUUAGAAAUGUCGGGAAACAAGAACUGACCCUCGUGGAAGUUUCUACCUCAAACGACAGAGUCUUUGAUCACGGUGACAAGACCCAGGGUCUUCAUAUGGACACUGUGGAGCACAAGACAUUUUCCCAGGACAAAGACGCUUAUCUGGAUCUGCUGAGCGAGCUGGCCGAUCUGCCAGAAACCGAAGGCGAGAAGAGGGCACACCUCUUCCAUCAGAUCGUCACCAUGGUCCGCGGAAUGAAGACGGAAACCCUGAACAGCGCCGUUCCCGAGGCUCUCGUCGUGUCUCGCGUCCUGACCUACCAAGUUCUGGCCCAGUGCGGAACUCCAGAGUGCAGCAGUGCCAUCAUGCAGAUCCUCAGGAGCUUCCAGACGACGGCAGUCGAAGUCGACGCCACCGUUUUUGCUUUGGGACUCGUUUCCAAUCCUUCCGCCUUGCUGAUCAACGACAUGCUCGAAAUGGUCAAGUACAAGCCUAGCAAGCCCAUCAUGUACGGACUGAGCAAUGUCGUCAAGAGAUUUUACAAAAGCGAAGGAAAAGUCAUCCCUGAGAUUCGCUCUGUCGCUGAGUUCUUGGCUGGUCAUUUGGGCGACUGCACCGGAGAUGACGAAAACACUUUCCUGACAUUGAGGGUUAUUGGCAACAUGGCUCCCGCUGUUGUGCCGGCGAGUCCCGCACUCAGAGCUUCAGUGAUGCAAUGUGUGAACCAACCGGAAGCUUCUCUGGCGGUGCAGCAAGCUGCCAUCCAGGUUUACCGACUGACUCCCAUCUCAGAUGAGGCCAGAGAGAUUCUCAUCCAGGUGGUUUUGGACAACGGCAGCCCCCUGCAAAAGCGAAUCGCCGCAUAUCUCGUUCUCAUGAAGAACCCCAUGCCGAGCGAGUUGGUUCGUUUGGCCACCGCCUUGCCCACGGAGCAAGACACCCAAUUCAAGAGCUUCGUGGUGUCCCACAUUACCAACAUCCUGUCUUCAACGGAGCCUAAAACCGAAGAACUCAGACAAAAGAUUCGUGACGCCAUCCAGGACAAUGAGAUUGGACCCAUCAUGAGCCCCACCAAGUUCUCACGUAACUACCAGAUGGGUUCUGUCGAAGGAAACAUGAUCUUCGAAAGCACCAGCUACCUGCCCAAGGAAGCCAUGUUGGAAAUGACGCUUGACGCGUUCGGCUUUGACAUCGACAUGAUGGAGAUCGGUAUCGAGGGGAAAGGAUUUGAACCGACGGUUGACGCACUGUUUAGCGACGCCGGAUUCUUCCCCGACACCGCCAUGAAGACCAUGUACUUUGUCUCAGAUAACGUGCAGGCAGUCCGUGAAAUUGUCCAGCGCUUCAUUCCUGGUUUGAAGGAUGCUGAGAUGAAGAAACUGCUCUCGCAGAACUUGAUACAAGAAAUUGGACAGAACCUCAACAUGUUGAUGAAGAAACUGCAGGCCACAAAGUCUCCAGAAGCCAUGAUGUAUCUGAGAUUGUUCGGAAACGAACUGGGUUAUCUUAAAACCACCGACGCGGAAGCUCUGAUGCGCUCUGCUGCCUUGAUGGCUGAGAGCAUGUUCAAGAUGUUCCCCGCUGAUCUCUUGAAGGGACUGAUGACAAAGGCUGACAACACCAUCUUUGCCCACUACAUCUUCAUGGACAACGACUUUUUCCUGCCAACUCUCACUGGUGUUCCGUUGAAAUUCACAUUGUCCGGAACCUUCACCCCCGGUAUCAAGGGUGGACUGAAGAUCGCCCGUGAUAUGAGUGAAGUAGCUUUCAUGCCCUCUGCUGGCAUUGAGUUCAAAACCCACGUCGGUUCCUACAUUCCCGAGUAUCUCAACUCUGGAAUGGAGAUGCACACCAACUUCUUCCACGAGAGCGGCCUUCAGGCCAAGAUCUCGAUGGGACCUGACCACGUCAAGCUGACCAUCCCUGCUCCAACGAGCCCGACCAAGCUCAUCAAAAUGACAAACACGCUGGUGGCAGUGAACGACCUCAACGGGGUGCCCCUCACCCCAAGGGCGGCAAAGAAAAUCGAUGUCAACAAAUGCACACCCGCUUUCGCUGGGAUGAAAUACUGCACUGCUCUUCAGUACAUCGAUGCUUACUCCCAAGAGACUGCUCCCUACUUUCCAUUCACCGGUGACAGCAACUUUGCACUGGAGCUCCAUCCUACCGGUGACGUCACUGAGUACACUGCCACUCUUGCCUACGAGCUGCUGAUGGAAGCAGACGAGGUCGACUCUGUCAAGUUUGUUCUGAGAGCUGAAGGCGCAGAGCCCACGGAAGCCCGAGCAAUCGUGAAAUACAACAGAAAGAAGCACGUGCUCACCACUGACAUCCAGAUUCCGGACUAUGACGUGGAAGCAGGAUUGAGGCUGGGUGUUGUUGAUGUCGAUACCAAAGGCAAAGGAACCAUCUAUCUGGAUCUUCUCAACAAAAACAUCCCUCAGCUUUCCCUCAUUGGUCGAGCCAAGCUUGAGAUGAUGAAGGAAGGGAUGCUUCAAAUUCAGCUUUUGGUCCCCACACUCAACCUUGAUGCCUCAGUCACGGCUAACGUGGAGCGAGAGGACGAACUGGAAGUGAAACUCGAGAGUGACGUGAAGAUCAUGGAUGCUGUGUCCAAACAGGAGCUGGAAAUGAAAUACGAUGACAGUAAGGUUGAGGUUGAGUUCAAAUCUGACAUGAACACCAAGGUCUCCUUUGUACCAUUAUCUGAUAUGGUUGAAAAGUACACACAAGAACUUCUUGACAUGGAGGUAGGACAGACUGACAUGAAGGUUGCUCACAUCUUCAAGAAGUUUGGGGAGGCUACAAACAACUACGUGGAGAAGUAUGGCGCUGAGAUCCCGUAUCUUCAGAACUUCAGAGUUCCAGAUAUGCCUGAGAUUUCCAUGCCGGAGUCACUGUUCCUGAACACUGAAACCAAAGCCGUGUACUACUUCAACAAAGACCGCUACACCAUCACCUUCCCGCUCCCUCUUGGAGGAAAGUCAACCAAGGAGCUCAACUUCCCACCAGUCUUAACAACACCUCACCUGUCUCUGCCCAAGUUUGGAGUGGAGAUCGUCUCCAUGGAGAUCCCAAUCCCAGAGAUGGUUUUCCCAGAGAGCUUCACUUUUAGUGUUCCUCUCUUUGGCAAAGCUGAAGUUUCCACAGAGAUGAAGAGCAACCUGUAUGACAUGGAUGCCUCCGUGGCAGCCGGCAAAGAUGACGUGGAUGCUCCGAGUUACUCUACCAAGUUUGACAUCAAAGGAACUUCGCCAUUUGAAAUCCUCUCGGUCAAGAUGCAAGGUUCUGGAAUGUUGGCCGCCACUGAUUCACUGAAGGCCGAGAUGAAAGGUUCAUUUUCCCACAAGUUCCUCGACUUCAGUGUCACUUUUGCAGAAGCUAUCCCCAUCACCGAUAAAAUUUACCUGCAAUCGUAUACCAAGAUUGACGCCACCAGCCCGUUUAGCCUGAAUGUUGACAUGGAGCACAAGUCUCUGACUGCAAUUGACACUGAGAAGAUCACCAUUGAUAGCAACCUGAAAGGAACGUUCAAGGCCGGACCCAUCGACGCCAAGACUGUUUCAACUCAGACUUUCCAGGUUACUCCAUUCCAACCAAACGCCAAGAUCGAAUCUUUGGUUGAAUUGAACUCUACUCUCGUUCGGGCUAAAAACCGAAUCACGGCAACCUUGGCUGAUGGUGACUUGCUGGUUGUUUCCAACACCAAUGUCUUUGAAGACACCUUGACGCAUACUGCUGAGCUUUCUUUCGCAGACAGUAACCUGUCUCUGAAGUGCCAUUCAAGUGCUCUUGCUCUUGGUAUGAAGCUCAACAACAAGGUUGAAGCCUCUGCUGGCGCCGGAAAACUAGCUCUGAGAGUGGAAACGAAUGGAGAUCGCUUUGAAGAUCAGAUCUACUCCCUGCUCACUUCCUCUUUUGAUGUCAACGGUCUGAGUGUAAACAGCGAUGCCCUCAUCAAGCUUCUUCAGAACACGGCCACGCACAAAGCUUCCUUGACCUUGGACAAGAACGGCUUGAGCACAAGUGGAUCAAACACUCUUGAGAGUCCUCUGUCUCUGGAAAACACCUUCAACGCUGGCCUGGACUUCACAAAAGCAACUCUGGCCAUGACUAACAAGGCUGCGUUGUUUGACUUCAAGUUCGAUAACGGCAACGAUGUGACCAUGACGAUUUCUAGCCUUACCUUAAAUUCCAAGGCUAAAGCCCAAGCUAGCGGGUACGCCUCUUAUAAACACGAUGUUGCCGUCGACCUGACACCCUACACGGCAUUCGCCAAGGUCAACAACGACCUGAAGCUUCUCAGCGCCAACAUCAUCAAUGACGCUCAGUUCCAGGUAGGGUCUUACAAGAUGGACGUGACGGGAACCCUGAAAACGACCUACGAUGAGUCGGAGAUCAAGCACAGCUAUCAGAUGAACUAUGCUGACAUGUCUGCCAACGCAAAAUGCAGCACAACUGGAAAUCUUUUUGGAACCUACAUGAGCCAUUCCUCAGAGCUUGUCAUCGUCGGUCUGGGCGCCAAGUUUAGCAACGAAGCUCGCUUCAACUCGCAGCUUUUGCGCUUUGACCAUACCCUCCGUUCCAGCGUCGUUCCUUUCGACUUCAACCUCGACGCCAUUUUCAAUGCCGACGGAGACGUGGUGAUGUAUGGAAAGCACAGCGCUCAGCUCUACGGGAAGUUCCUCAUGAGGGCACAACCCUUGGCUUUUGCCAGCUCACAUGAAUGCAGAGCCUCAGUCAGCCACACACUUGACAACGGCGUCUCUCUGGUGACAACAUUGGACAACAAGAUGGAUGCCGUUCUUUCUACCAAUGAACAGAAGGCCAUGGUUAGUCUUAAGUCAAAAAUCAACAAUCAUGCCUUUAAUCAAGAUAUGAAUGUUUACAACACGCCUGAGGGAACUGGCAUGGGAUUCUCUUCUAAUAUCCUCACCAACAUCAUCAACACGCAAUCCCCAGACAACCAGGAAUUUGGUGUCUCAGGUUUCCUCAAGUACGACAAGAACACAAACUGUCACAUCAUUCAGUUGCCUCUGUUGGAAAAUGUGCCUUUCUUCGUGGAAGGUAUCAAAGACACCAUUGUCCAAGUUGCUGAAAUGAUUCAGGACUUCAUCAGGAACGAGGAGAUCAGGGAAAAACUUGAAGCGCUUCCUCAGCGAGUCGGCGAGUUUGUUGCUCAACUUGACAUCGAAGGCAAAGCCAUUCAGUUGAAAGACUACUUCAGUGAUCUGGCCCCAAAAUAUCUGAUUGCCAUGGAAGAUAUGGAUGCUGCUUUCAGAAACCUGAGAUCUAAUUUUGAGAAAGUCAUCAAUGACGUCACCGUUUUCCUUCAACGCUAUUAUACCAUGUUGGAGCAGAUCAUUAUUGAUAGCAAACUGUCAGAAACCAUCACGACAAAGAUCGAGGAACUGGUGAAUGCCAUCAAUGAUAGGUAUGACAUUAAGAGAAUGCUUCUGUAUCUUAUUGACACCACGAGGACGAUGAUCCGGGAGAUAGACUUGGAACAAUUGAGAGGCACCAGUGUGGAAUUCCUGCAGAUUAUUGACAAUGAAUACCAAAUCCUCUCCGAGCUGAAUUAUUUGCUGAAUUUCAUACAUCGCAUAGUUGAGAAGUUUGAUAUUACGACCUACUUUGCCGACAUGAAGGACUUUGUUGCAUUCGUGGACAUUAAUGAGAUCCUCAACGAUUUGAGCCAGGCUACAAUUAGGGUAUUCAAUGACAUAAGCGAGCAGAUUCAGGAUCUCAAGAUCUUUGACAGAAUCAACACAUUAUCCGCCAACAUAAGAGAGUUCAUUGUGAAGCUUGAAGUGGACAAAAAGGCCCAAAUCGUUUUGGAAAAACUAGUGGAGGUCCUAAAGCAGUUUAAGGUCGAAGAAACCAUCAACACAGUCGGCAGGAUGGUCAGGGACGCCGACAUCCCGGCUAAAUUCCAGCACUUCUCCCAGGUGGUGAUUGACAACAUGAAAUCCAACCAAGUUAAGGACAUGAUUCAAGACCUCAAGUCCUUUAUUGAGUCAAUCAUGCAGUUGAUGACAUCACUGGAUUAUAAUGACUACGUGGAUUACGUUAACGGAGUCACCGCAGGCUCCACGGUUUAUGUUAAUGAUCUAAUCAAGGCUCUUGAAAUCCCCAUGAAAUUGGAAGCUGUCAAAGAUUUCGCCAAUGUCGUUUUAACCUCAGUCAAAGGAUCUAUGGAUCGUCUGAGGGAAAUCCGAGUUGCAGAAUUGAUUUCAUCUGUGAAGGAACUGAUGGACCCGACGGCUAUGUUGGAAGAUAUUAAGAGAGUUUUCAAUCACGUCAAAGAUGUUAUACAAUUGAACUUCAAUUUUGAGGUUCCCUCAUUCCUGAAGUCAGUGAGCAAGAAAUACAGGAGAACUAUGGCCAAUGUCAUUCGCAUCUGCAGUAAUAUGAUCGAAAGUAUGAAAUCAGUCUUCCCAGACCAAAAGAUCAUCGGUGAGAUUCAGCAAAUCUUUGAUGGGCUGACGAGCGAACUGAAGAAAUGCGAGCUGAAGACUCCGUCCUUCACCCUUCCGCUCACCGACCUCGUGGUUCCAUCCAUGAACUUCAACAUGGAGAAACUUCAGAAGUUUGAAAUUCCCACACAGCUGGAUAUCCCCGAGUUCACCAUCCUGCGCUUCCAUACUAUCAAAGCCACCACCAUUUCCUUUGAGGACAUCAAGCAGAAAAUCAUGGAAAUGAUUGAUUUCAUCUUGAAUAUCAAUUACAAAAUGAUUGACAUCGAUGCUUUCUUUGGAGACCUCAACCUGAGCUUCUUGCCUUCCAUGCCUGAGAUCGACUUCUCCGAAAUAACUCUUCCCGAGAUCUCGUUCCCCACUCUCCCAUACUUCCCUGUAGAUAAGCUUGUCGAGUCUCUCUCGCUUCCUGACAUGACACUUCCAACCAUCCCAAGUGAAAUUAUCAUCCCUUGCUUUGGCAAACUCUCUGGCGAGCUUCGAUUUAAUACUCCCAUCUACACUUUGAAGACAUCUGCUGAGUUCCAAAACUCCACCGAGAAAGUCACGACACCCCAAUUCAAAGCCAUCCUCACUUCUCAAGGCACAUCGCCCAUCUUGGAAAUCCUGAAUUACAAAAUCGACUCGACCGCUCAACUUGCUCUUCCAAAAAUGAGCCGUGUUGUCCUCGCCGAGACCUUCAAGAUCAACCAUCGUGCUCUUGCCGUUGACCACCAAGCCUCACUGGCGCUCUACGGUUUCUCCGGCCAGGCCCAAGCCAAGACUGGAGUGAAAGUAAACACUCCCAUCUACAACGCUGACAUUGCAAACAUUGCUUUUAUUGCGAUGGAAGAAGGGAUGACUGCCUCUCUCGAGACAAAGUACAAACAUCUUGUGGACCUUCCAGUCGUCAAUAUCAACAAUGAUGCCACCAUGAACCAUAAAGCGAUCAUCCGCCAAGAGGGCUUCACCUUCACUUUGACCGUCGACAAUGUUGGCAAGUCUGUUGCUCAGGAGGCUGACCACGUCAGCAACCUGUUUUUGUCCCUCAGCCCGAGCUUGGCCACGCUGACCUUCUCUGGCAACACGGACUCCAAAGCCUUGACGAUGAAACAGCAGCUAACAUCUGAAGCUAGCCCUCUGCUCUACAAGUUUAAUGUCCUCAAUGAGUUGAAGGCUCCAAUUAUUAAGAACAGUGUGAUCUCCGCUUCUGGACAUGUCAACUUCAAUAACAUGAAGGCUGAGCUGAAAGCAAAUCAUGAUACGGAAUUGACCGGCUUGGUGAGAGGAAUCCUCUCCAACGGCAUGCACGUUGUCGCCCAUCCUUACGAGUUUAACGCUGACAUCCAAAACAAAAUCAAUAGCAGGGUUACAAUCUCCGGAGCGCCCACUGCUAAGUUUGACUUCCAGAACGAUUAUUCUGCCACCUUGACACCCAAAAACCAGAAGAUGAACACAAUUUAUAUGGCUCGUCUCAAUCAAGGUGUGAUGACCUACAACUUCACUGCUGACAACAACGGAAAUGAGGCUGGCGUCUUCAUCGCCAUGGACGGUAAUGUCAAUCUGGACUUCCUCACUACCCCCAUUCGCAUUCCUGGCAUGGAAAUCCCCUUUGUCGACCUCCGUACCCCGGAGAUAAGUGACGUGAACUUGUACGAGCUGAUGGGACUGAAACGCCUCCUGGUUUCUACCGAGCAAAAUGUCAACCUAGAUGCCAAGAUUGUUUACCAGAAAAAGCAGGCUGCUCCCAUCGCUGUUAUAAUGAACGUCAUCGAGAUCCCCCCUGUGGGUGACCUGAUCACGGAGCUGUCCUUCAAGUCUGCCGUCAUCAACGUGAACGCCAAUACCGGACUUUACGCCGCAGAUGAUCUUGUAUUCCGUCUGGGAGCUACAACCGCCUCCGUGUUUGAGAGCUUGAAAGCCAAACUCGAUGGUACCGCCAGCCUGACCACCAAAAGAGGAAUCAAGUUGGCCAAUUCUUUAUCCCUGGAGAAUCGACACAUUGAAGGCACUCAUGACAGCACCUUCAGUGUGAGCAUGGAGACUCUGGAAGCCGCUACCUCCGUGGCCACCGUCGGACGGAUUUCUCUCCCUAUACUGAGCUUGGAAGUGAACCAGAAUCUGGUUGCGGACACCAAAUCCAAAGCCAAGGCUCACUCCACGGUGAACAUCAAGAGUGAUUUCAACAUUCCCGUGAUCAAGGCUGUCGGAAAAGCAAGCACCGAAUACAGCCUGAAGCUGGAGGGAACCGCUGAAGACAUUUCCGUUGAGGCUUUCACGAAGGGGAACGUGGACGGCACGGUGCUUGAUGACUACGUCGUACUGGGAGUCCUGGAUAGUGACGUAAACCUGUUCUUGAUUAAUGGCCUGCGCUCCACCUCCAAGGUCAUCGCCGACGUCAAGCUUAACCACGGCACCACCAAAGUGAUCAACUUUGAUUUAAGCGACAAUCUGUCUUUCCAAGGCUCCUUCAGUCGCAUCUACGCGAUGCUGAAGCACACGAGCAACAACGAGAUCAACCUGUUCAGUUUCAACACCAACGGGAAGCAUUUUGCUCAGGCUACCUUAGAUAUAGCACCGGUCUCAUCUUUGACUGCUGAUUUUGAGAUCAAUCUGUCACAGCCAAGCACAUUGGGUGAUUUCACCAUCUUGGACAAAACUGUGGCCGAUGUCACGAUGGCCAAACAGAAGAUCUCCACCAUCGGCAAGUUCAUCAGCCCACUGUACACCUCAAAUUUCGAUGUACUCCUGGAGGGAGAUGCUCCAGUCUUCAAAGGCGCCUUUAAAUCUUCUGCCACCUCCGCUUAUGUCAUCUUGGAUUAUGAUAUGGAUGCUUCCUCAACUGUGAACUUUGAGAAUGCUGACUUGAACGUGAUGAACAAGCUCGCCCUGAAACAUGCCGACAUCAACGUGGAUGCCAACCAUGUCAUUGACCAAGGCACGAGUGUUUCUCGCCAGACCCUCAAUGUAGACAUCACCAGCCCAACGUUCACUGAUGUCAACCUCCGCUAUACUGCUCGCAGAGAUGUUCUUAGCGCCUCGCUAUCUGUUCCAUCUGUCGGCUUUCUGGGGUUGCAGAUGAAUGGCAAGAUGCCCUCUCAAUUUAAUGCAAGAGUCUACGGCCGUUAUCCUUCCGCACCAGAGGCUGAUGUUGACAUCUUCGUCAUCAAAUCAUCUCCCAAGGACGACAAUAGAAUGAACCUCCAAAUUGUGUACAACACAGAGGCACCUAAAAUGAUGCUCUCUGAACUGAAGCUGCGACUCCCUUCCAUCAUCUCUACCUUCACGGAAUUCCUUCGCAAGUAUCAGAUCACGAGCAACAUGGAGAAGUUGAAGAAUGUUGUUGUUGACCGCAUGGUCGAGAUCUAUGACGCCGCCAUCAACUACGAUAUCCAGAUGAGCCAACUGUCAGUCUUCUUCAGAAACACCAUCGUCCAGUGCCAGCAAAACAUCCAGGUUGUCACUGAUGCUAUCGUCAGGUUCUUGAGGGAGACCAAGUUCAAACUACCCGGGUCUGACGAAAUGACCACUCUUCCCGAGGUCUUGAAGAAGGUGACCACCAGCAUUGCGAUUGCUCUGGACAAACUGAUCCAGAUGAUUUAUCAGAACAUGGAGAUAUACUACAACUCAUUUGUUGAGAAAAUCAGCACCGUGAAAGUUACCAUGCCAUUGGGUGAUGUAGCUACUAUGGGUCAGAUCUUUGAAGAUGUGAAAAUGUAUGUUAACAAUACCAUGAAUGGACUAGUGGCCUCUUUGAAGAAUAUGGAGAGUUUUGAAACAAUGCUGGAGAAAAUGAGUGAGACCCAGACAGCUAUUGUUGCUAAAUCUCUGGAGUUUGUUGACUCAAUCAAGUCUGACUAUUUUGAUGAAGUGUUCCUGCAAAUCAAUGACAUCUAUCGCAGGAUUGUGACAGCCAUUAAGGUUGUUUUUUACAAGAUCUCUGCCUUUGAUAUGGAGCAGCUCUCCAACGCAUAUGAUUCCAUUUUUGAUAUGUUCAUUAAGGUAGUCGAUCAAGUCAACUCAACUGUUUUUGAGCGCCUGACCCAAGUGUCACCGGAUGCUCAGGUGAAACUCACAAAUGGAAGGCUUGAAAUCGACCUCCCCUUUACUUACCAAUUUUAAGGAACCACUGAGGUCUGAACCAGCAUAAAACACUCCCAACCUGUUUGGAAGGAGUAUUACCACUUUGAUUGCUAUCCAUAUUUAUGACAUCAAAUGUAGAACAGUUUUCAAAGAUCUCGUUGAAUCUGUUGCUCAUGUAACAUUUACAUACUCUUGCAAUAAAUUUGUCAAUAAAGUAUAUUAAAAUGAA